CUCAAGGGCUGCUGGGAAAUUUUGUCCGAGGAAGUGUGAUCCUCCGCUACACAAGUUAACGCCACACAGGCUUGCCGAUGGCCCAACAUUAACAAAGAGUAACAUCUAGUAAGCUGCAGUUAUCGCCAGCCAUGCAGGAGGACAUCAGCACUGUGAUGUCCUGGUUUUCCAGCCCAGUGUACAACCGCUACUGGCAACACUACCAGCAGGCCAUGGCGUGGCACCAGAGGCACAGACGUGCCUACAGAAAGGCCUUGGAGGCCGCCUAUGGCCCAGGCUACUGCCAGGAGUGGGGACCCGGCAAUCAGCGGCGCUACGCAGACUGGUUCUCCAGAGAGAGCCACAGCGAAGAUGAAGAGGAUGGCACAGAGGAAAGCAGCUUGGAAAGUGAGAUUGAGUGUGAUGUCAGCAACAUGGAGAUCACUGAGGAGCUGCGGCAGUACUUCGCCCAGACAGAGAGACACAGAGAGGAGCUCAGGAAGCAGCAGCAGAUGGAGGCCGAGCAGCUGGACAGCUACGUGCCGGCUGACCAGGACCUGCACAGCGUCUCCUUGCGAAGCAGCGUCGCCCCUCCCCCCGAGCGACCCGGCGAGAGACGCACUGCAGAGAUGAAGAAGCUGUACGGCGAGGACGCGGCCAAGAUCAUGGCCAUGGAGGCGGCGAUGCAGCUCACUUUCGAAAGAAACUGUGACCGCAAGCAGCCCAAAUACUGGCCCGUCAUCCCGCUGAAACUGUGAUAUCUGCAGCCAGAGGAAGGAGACCCCCCCACCCCCCGGAUCUCUCAGGGAGAUGGCCAUGAGAGCUGCUGGUGCAGAAGUAAUGGUGUAGGAGGUUAGAAGUUAUUUUAAGUAAAGAAAAACUUGCAUAAAUUAGCCGAGCUUCUGCUUGGCCAAACGUGAACGUCACUGACCCGUCAGCUGCUGCUCCAGACAAAAACUUCCGGUUGCAGUAAUUCAUGUAACACUGCGUCCGCUCGAGGUUUAUACUUGUGCAUAAAUUGCUUUUAAUUUAUCGCAUUAAACGCCGGCGCUCAGACCUGCAAAAUAUUCUGCAGCGAGGCUUCGAAAACGCAGGAAGAAAUGUCAGCUGAGGGUCAGAGUUACAGUAAAUCUGCCUCCACAGGUGACGCAGAUGUAUUCAAACACACCGCGCCUGUGUGUUUCCUCCUAAUCUGUUUUUGUUUACCCUCCAGCUCAGUGAUGUUUCAUGCUGCAGUAGCUCCUCUUAUGCCUGUCAACUUAGUUUAACCACAAAAAAAACAUUGCCCCCCCCCCCCUGUUCUCCCUCCCUCUGUUGAGAUUUCGGAGCGUUCCUGCUUGGCUGCCUCUGAUAUUCCUGCACAACAUGAGUGAUUUGUUGUUGGUACUUCUAAAGUGCGGGUCUCCGAUUCUGACAUUUCACUGGGUUCAAAGCCGUUUGUGUGCUUUCUCGGGGGGGGGGGGCUACUCAGUUUUAUCUUGUUUGUGUUUGCACAGUGCUCCAUUUUUUUCCCUUUUUUAACCAGAGGAUGUGUAUUUUAUAUGAAUUCUGUUUGUAAUAAAAUGUUUUAUGUCCAGAUCAAACUUCCUUUUCCCG